AUAUUUGGAUAAAAAGAUUUUUGGAGCACCAAUGGAGAGUAUGGCUGUUUUCGAUGCCACUGCUGAUGGUUUUCAUAGUUUUACUAAUCUCAUGUGGCCCCAGGGACAUCCCUACUUUUGUGAGACGAUGCAGUGCUAUGUUGAGAAGCUCAUGGAGCUAGAUCAAAUAAUCCAUAGGAUGAUAAUGAAGAAGUUUGGAGUGGAGAAGCACUAUGACAAUCUCAUGAAGCACACAAAGAAUGACCUACGAAUGUCAUCAUAUGAUUGUACGGGACGAAACGAGGAUGAAAAAUAUCAGCAGGCUGAGCAGGAGAAGCCUAUUCUCUUUCCAAUCCACACUGAUCCCAAUUUACUGACCAUAAUUUUGCAGGAUCAAGUUGGAGUUGAGGUGCAAAUCAAGAGUGGUGAAUGGGUGAGGCCUAGUCUAUCCUCCUUCGUAGUCUUCCCCUCAGAAUCCUAUGAGGCAUGGACCAAUGGAAGACUAGAAGCAACGAAGCAUCGAGUUGUAAAUAGCGGCAAUGGACAGAUAAGAUACUCAGCAAUCUUGGCAUCAACUCCUGUGGAUGGGUUUGAUAUCCAAACUCCUCAAGAGUUGAUUGAUGAAGAACACCCAGCACUCUACAAGCCUUUUGAAUUUUCCAAACUGUUUCAUUUCCGCUUUACAGAGGCUGGCAAAAAUGCAGAUAGUGUAGUCAAGGCAUUCUGUGGGAUUCAGGAAAGCAAAUGCGAAUAAUCAUCAACCACUUCCAAUUAAGAUCACUAAAUAAGUAAUUUGGACCGCUUUAAUAUUUGCUAUGAGGUCUAAAAUAAAAGUAAUUUAUCUAUUUUAUGCUUUCAUCAUUGAUGUAUUGGACGUAUUUGCUAUGAGGUCUAAAAUAAAA